UCUCGUCUUUGUCCUAAAAUCACAUGUUUUUAUUAUUCCCACUUCCCCCAAUCUCUCAUUCUUCUCUCAUUCCCAUUGACAGCUCCAUUUCCAAAAACUCCACCAUGGCCACUAAGAAAGUCAUCGAGGUCAAGGUCGACAUCAACUGCGAGAAAUGCAAGACAGCGGUCAUGGAUGCUGUAACAGAGCUCCAAGGUGUUGAUAAGGUGGCAUUGGAUGUAGAGAAGAGCAUACUCACAGUGGUUGGAACAAUGGAUCCAGUCUGUGUGGCCAUGCGGCUAAAGAAGAUCAAACAGAAGCCGGUUAUCGUCACCAUUGGACCGCCAAAGCCUCCCGAACCCAAGCCUCAACCUAAGCCCGAACCCAACAAGAUCGAGUGCAAGUGCAAGCCUCUCCCUCCUUACUGCAACAGCUGCGAAUUUGUGACCGUCAAUACCUAUGACACCGGCAGUGGCUGCACCAUUGUUUGAAACUGUAAUCUUCUGUUCCUAGUCUCUGGGCAUUUACCUCCCAGUUGUUGUCUUCUUGUCGCUCCAUAACCCCCUUCAUGUGUAGUCCAUGUCUUUGGUCUGAAUAUGGUAGUGAUUGAUCAAUGGUGAUGUCAGUUAUCGGUGCCUGUAA